GCCGAGAUGGUCGCUCUCUCUGGUAUCAAUUAGAAAAAGCGUCUUGUGAAAAACUGCGGCGCGACCCCUUUCAGGUUUCUCUCUGAUCAAGUACUCUGUUUCUUCUACGUUCAACCGGCAACCGGCAGUCAUCGACAAUAUAAAUUUGUAUAAGUGCGCAAAGUGUAAUUUGCUUAAGUAAAUUGUAAAUCAACUGUCACCAAAAUGAGCAAGGCACAUCCGCCCGAAUUGAAAAAGUAUAUGGAUAAAAGACUAUCUCUAAAAUUGAACGGAGGUCGACAUGUCAUUGGCAUAUUAAGAGGUUUCGAUCCAUUCAUGAAUAUGGUUAUAGAUGAAAGUGUAGAGGAAUGUAAAGAUGGUACCAAAAACAAUAUUGGGAUGGUGGUAAUUCGUGGCAACAGUGUCAUAAUGUUAGAAGCUUUAGAUCGAAUAUGAUUCAUUCUACUAGAACUUUAUCUACAUUUUUAAUAUGUAUAUCUCUGAAUAAAUAAUCAAAUUUUUUCUAAAAA